AUGGCUAAAUCUAAAAAUGCCAAUGAAGAAGCUGCGAAAACUACUCUUAACUCAAAGAAGUCAUUAAGUUCGCCAAAAUCUAGCAAGCCCAAUUCACCUUCAACUCCCAAAAAGAGUUCGGACCUCAUACCUUACAAAAUUAGACUGUUAGACAGUGAACAAAAAGCGCUGGAAAUAUUCAUUUCGAAAAAUGCUGAUGGACAAGUUCUCUUUAACAAAGUGUGUGAUGUACUUGGAGGAAUAGUAGAACGAGACUAUUUUGGUCUUCGUUAUAUGGAUAAAAACAACCAACGACAAUGGCUUGAUCUUGGUCGAAAUGUCAAGAAACAGAUGUCUGGAGCACUUUCAUCUGCACUGAGCUUUCGUGUUAAGCACUAUCCUGGGAACCCUAUUGUUGAUUUUCAUCAAGAAAUAUCUCUGUACCUUCUUUACUUGCAACUUCGUCGAGACUUGGUACAAGGUCGUUUACUUUGCCCGCUCAAUGAACUUUAUACAAUGGGAGCUUUAAUUUUGCAAUCUGAAUACGGCGAUGCCCCAGAAGAUGAAGGUUCAGGUGAAUUGAAUGGGUCGAUCUCUGAUGAGGAAUACAAAUCUUACUUUAAAAAUUUCAAAAUUGUCUUUAAUCAAACCAAAAAGAUUGAAUCUGAGAUAAUCGCUCGUCACAAGAUUUAUCGUGGUCUCACCGCCAGGGAUGCGGAAGUUGAAGUUAUCAAAAUGGCUUCACAAUUACCCACCUAUGGAGUCGAUCCUUUCCCUGUUAAGAUAAUAACUAAAGAGAAAGUUCCAAAGAAAGCUGAUUCAGUUGCCCCCAAAAUUGGAGAUUCUGCAAGCAAUGCUAUCGUAGAUAAUAAAGUGCCAGACACUCAAUCGCUGAACACGGCUCCACCUAGCCCAGCGGCCUCCGUCUAUCUUGGUUUGAGGCAUACUGGACUCACAACCUACGUCGGGCUUCAACCCAGUGAGACCUUUGAAUGGGGCAGUAUUGAACGCCUCGCCUGCGAUGGAAAGGACUUUAUCGUCUACGUGAAGCCUUCAGGUCUAACGGAAUCCGAUGAAACAGCCAAUGACAAGCCUAUUCAAGAACAGCAGCAACUUGAAUCAUCAAACCUUGAAUCAGUGGAGGAAGGAGGACCAAAGGGGGCAGCUGGAGAUGAAAAAUUGAGCAAAUCGAAGAAGAAAAAGAAGGUGAAAAAACAGCAAACACCACCAAAAUCCCACGAUAAACCGGCUAAACCCCGAGUCGUUACCUUCCGAUGUGACACAAAGGCAGCUGCUCUAGCACUUUGGAAAUGGACGGUUGACCGUCAAAGCUUCUUCACUUUAAAGCAGGCCAGCGAAGCUAAGACUACAAAAUCUAUCCACGGUCUAUUUCGUAGAAGUCAUUCCUAUCGAUUUGUGGUUUCGAGCCUGAGACGUCCAAAGAGUCACGAGGGUGAAUUUGAGCAAUUCACUGGAAGAUCUACUCUUCCUGCUCGAAUCCGCACUGCUGAAGACGGUUCUUAUCCAAUGAGCGAUCCUGUCAAACGACCCCCAAUUCCAGCCGCAAACGUAGAACAAGCUGCAACCUUGGCAUCUGAUGGAGUCAUGAAUGUUGCCAAUGAUCUACUUGCAACUCCAGAAUCGGGAGUCACCACACCGAUCAAGGAAGAUACCGCGAAUGACCCAGUCACUAUUUUGCCAGUUUCCGUAACUCCUGUAGGCACUGCUCCUGCUGCAAGUGUCACUCCGCUAUCAACAGAUGUUGAUGAAGUGCGCCAACGAACAAACCAUAUCUCCAAAUCCUCGGUCAGAGAUUCUGAAUGUCUUCGAGCAGUGAACGAAAUUGAUCAAGUUAUUGAUAGUAUUCAAAGUUCCAAUGGCAAAACUACAAGGGCACUGCCUAAUGGCGAAGUCUCCUCUUCUGAAAUUAAGCCUUCUACAAGCUGUGGACGUACAACUGGAACCACUCAAUCGGAGUCCAUCAGCUCCAAUUCGAUGAGUAUUGCGCUGAAGGUUGCCGCUUUGAUCGGAGUAUUCUGUAUUGGUGUUAUGAUUGCAGCUCUCGAAACGAGUCAUAGGGGUCCAGGUCGACAGAGUAACGCCUGGACUGAAUUAGCCAUUACCCUCCGUGACCAACCCAUUGUCGCCUCAUUUAAUGAGUAUAUCUACGCACCUCUUCGUGGAUUUUUCGUCGGCAGAGGCCAUUAA